CUGAAUUCAUGACAUGGAAACCAAAAUCAUCUACUUCACGGUGAACGGAAAACCGGAGCAAGCCGAGUUCCCGGUGGAUUGUCCUGCACAGGAUGUCAAAGAUCUGUUCCGAGCUGCAGCCGAGGCCGGACCCCACGACAUCCUGAAGCUGUACAACCCCAAAGGCAGCAUCAUCAACAUCUCCCAGAACCUGGAGCCCAACACCUCCAGCUCAUGCUACAAGCUGGAGGUGGUGGCUGCAGACUGCAACACCAACUUGGAACUUUGCACAACCUCAUUGAUGCUGUGUGAUGUCAGGCUGCAGGGCCUGGAGAAGAAGAUCCUGAUCGAGGCCGGUGAGACUCCUGCAGUCGUGUAUGAGAUGAAGAAACAGGUGGAUUCAUUCAGGGAGAAACUAGAGAGUGUGGAGCACCUGAGCUGGCUGGGACUGUUUAAAGACCUUUCAGAGGGAACGCACAAACCCUCCCCGUUCUACCACAAGAGAUCUCUGCAUAAAACCAGGAAAGAGUGUGAGCAUGUCCGGGAAAAGUUUCUUCAAAUGAGCUCCCUGGAGGUAUCCGAGGAAGUGAGGCAGUAUUUAAAGACUCCAACCUUUGACAACUGGCAGUGGGAGGAUGCAGAGAUCAUGGUGCUCCUGCAGGUCAUGUACACAGAUUUAGAUUUCAUAGCCACGUUCAACAUCGAGCCCGAAGUGCUGCAACAGUUCCUGUUCGAAGUUUAUCGACGAUACAACAACAUCCCUUUCCACAACUUCAAGCACUGCUUCUGUGUAACCCAGAUGAUGUAUGGUUUGAUCUGGCUGACUGACCUGAGGAGCGAGAUGGACAGCAUCGACCUACUCAUCAUGUUGACCUCUGCCGUCUGCCACGACCUUGACCACACAGGAUACAACAACGCCUAUCAGAUAAAUGCUCGGACCGAACUCGCUCUCCGCUACAACGACAUCUCUCCCCUGGAGAACCACCACUGUGCUGUGGCGUUUGAGAUACUGGAGAAGUCAGAGAGCAACAUCUUCAGAAACGUCUCCAUGGAUCAAUACAAGCGGAUAAGAGAAGGCAUCAUCAAAUGCAUUCUGGCCACUGACAUGACGAGACACAACGAGAUCCUCAACAAGUUCAAGUCCAUCCUGCCAGUUUUUGACUUCACUAACAAGGACCACAGAGACGUGCUGAUGAUGAUCCUGAUCAAAGUCAGCGACAUAUCCAAUGAGGCGCGGCCUAUGGAGGUGGCUGAGCCCUGGCUGGACUGUCUCCUGCAGGAAUUCUACAACCAGACAGGCUGA